AGAUUUCUGUUUUUGUUAUCUUGGUCGCUUCACAAGCUUCUUCACAGAGUGACGAUCCGAGCUAUGAUGUCGAUGUCGAUGUCGAUGUCGACGUAAACUCUAGAAGAAGCCUGAUGACCAACUCAAUGAAUCAUCCUAUCAUAAAUAAUUUACCCAUAGGCUGUGCUUGUUUCCCAAGAAACCCUAACGAAAUACCAGUUUCGGUUAAAGUUAACCCAACUAAUAAUCCACAUAUUGAAAGAUUAGUGGUUUACUUAUUCAGAAACAAAAUAACACAUCAAAUAGUAGCUUACGUUCCAAAUGCUGAAAAACAAGUUGCAUUCCCGGAUAUUACUUUAUCUUCAGAAGAACCGCUAGAAAAUCUACCGAUUGGUUCAAUUGAUUUACUUUUAAACAACCCCAGAGUACUGCAUAUAUUGCAAAUAAUAAGUAACUACGGAGUUCCAAAUCAUCCAAACAAUGUAUCUCCAGAAACCGUUCGGCCUGAACAUGGAGAUGACUUUCCAAAAAUUAUAUCUAAAUUAACAGACGCACAAUUAGAGGUAGUUUUCAGCCGUUUGAGCACACUGGAAAAGUAUAGACAAAUUUUUAACAAACUCAUAGGAGUGACAAUAAGAGAAAAGUUGAUGAAUCUGAGACGAAUGUAUCCACUUAUAUUCAAGUGGGUAAUUGCUAAAAUACAGAUAUUAUUCCCUAAUGGUGUUAUUGAACCAGUUACACCUGGAGAACAGGACGAUGAUCAGAAUAUUGUUACUUCAUUAACAGAUGACCAAUUAGAAAUUCUCUUACGACUUUUCAGGUCUAUGGAUAACUUCAAGUUGAUUUUAAACAAAAUAGUAGGAACAACAAUAAGAGAAAAGUUUAUGAAUUUGAGAUUAAGGCACCCAAUCACAUUCAAAUUGAUUAUUGGUAAUAUACCAAUAUUGUUCCCCCAUAUUGUUAUUAAGCCCGUAACACCUGGAUUACCUAAUGAGGUAUAUAUUAUAUCUUCGUUAACUGAUGUCCAAUUAAAACUUCUCCUUCAACAUUUUAGCACCUUGCCGGAGUACAGAUUAAUUAUAAGCAAAUUAGUCGGAAUCACGAUAAGAGAAAAAUUUGUACAUUUAAGAGUCACUCACCCACUGUUAUUCAAAUUGAUUAUCUCUAAGAUACCAAUAUUGUUUCCCCGUGGAAACCAAAGCCCUGGCAUAUUCAUACAUUUUGAUAAUCGCCUACAAUUUCCGUAUGAUAUUAAUCUAUUAUCGUUUUUGAAUGAAAAGAACCCAAGUCCGCAGAUUAUUAGCAACAUAAUUAUUUUCAAGCCUACUGUGGUGCAAGAAAAAAUUCCAGGGCUCGAUAGUCGUGUGACAUUUGAUAAUUGGAUUAAAUUGGUUCUAUUAAAUCUUGCAAAUCAAAUGGUAUACACUUCCAGCUCGUUUAAGAUUAGUUUAACAGCAUUGCAUAACUAUAUAACCGAAAUUUUGCAUAAAAAUAAUUUAUCUAUCAAUGCAAAUGGACACUUAGUAGAUAGUUCAGGAAAUAUUUUGUAUCUCAUAGAUCUGAGACUUCAUCCUGUAUUGAUAGGCUUCUCAUCGGUAAUCAACAAUAUUGUAAACAACGGGCUUUCUAACGUACCAACUGAAAAUAUUUUCAUCGAAUUAGUCCUUCACAGUGGCGGAGAAGCGAAGAUCCUUGGUAUCAUUCCAGUCACCAAUAUAUUCCUCUCAGUUCACCAGGAUCAAGUAGAAACAACUUUAAUUGAGAAUGUCGAGGUUCAAGUAACAUGUGUUGGUACGAAUUGCGAAAAAGUCGUUACAUGUAGAAACCCUGACGGUACAGUGAAAACUUGUUCUAAGACUGCGUUAGCUAGUUUAAAUAAAUACGGUCCCAGAGGGAAUAUCGUAAGUUCUCAACAAGCUCAAUCUGAUCAUCACAACUGCAGAGGAGGACACUGUCAGCAUCAUAAAUUGUGUAAUAGCCCAUAUGGAUGUAUCCAGUCCAAGAAUAACACCUCAAGCGAAGGGGCAGUUAUAGAAAAGCGAAGUAACCUUCAAACGGAUUCACCAAAAACAAGUACAUUCGAUGGUGGAUAUAGUACUGGCGCGGAUGACAUAUUAGUCCAAGGUGUGCCAGUCUAUCCAGCCAAUUAUGGCGGUCAUGGUGACAAAAUAUACUAUCGAUCGUAUAUUCCAAAUCCACACAAUCAUUUGGGCCAUUAUAAUUCUGGAAAUAGCUACAAAUAUAUUUUAGACCGUAGUGGCAAACCCGAUGAUGUUACUCUUGAUGACAGUUCAAUUGAGCACUCUGGUAAAGAAUCAGAACACGGUGAUCCUGAUGAAACUCCUGGGAUUAGAAUUGUAGGCGGUGCAGCUGCAACCAGCAGUGGCGCACCAAUCAGCAGCAAGGGAAGAUCUGGAUAUUAAUUAUACUUCAUGUUAUCUAUUUUAUUAUUGUGUGUUUCAAUGCUUUCAUUUAUUUGUUUACUAGGUUAAGGAUGAUUUCUCUACCUAACGACUUUGGAUUGUAUUUGGAUAAUGAUAAUAAAAAACAUUUAUAAUUUUCGAAGCA